GCACGGAUAGAGGGACUUUUCUUCAAUCAUCCUCAUUAUCACAUCGAUCAUUACCACGGAAGGCUUCCCGCCGAUCCCCUAGUUUCCGUGUCCAAAACAUCCCCUCCCAAGCACCAACCAUGCCCUACUCCAGUUACAACUUCGGCAUAGAAAUCGAAACCGUCGUGCGGCCAUACGCCCGCCGGCCCAACUUCACAAACCAAGACUGGUACAAGCAGCUCGCCCAGCGGCUGGAAAACCGCAACAUCCCCGCCGCGCCCGAUCUGCACUCGCGCUACUCCACGCACCCCGAGUACUACAGCAGCAGAUGGUUCAUCACGCGCGACGGCUCGCUGCAAAGGGCCCACGAGGAGUUCGUUAGCAUGGAGAUCGUCUCGCCCGUGCUAAACACCAGCCGCGCCAUCUCCAAAACGCUCUCCGAGUUCUGGGAAGCCAUGAGCAUCAGCUUCGAAGUGCAGAAGGAGAAAUCCUGCGGCGGCCACGUGCACGUCACCCCUCCCUCCUCGACGUCGCGCUUCUCGCUCCUCGAGCUCAAGAAAGUCGCCUUCGCCUCCGUCGUCUACGAGCCCUGCGUGCACGCCAUCCUGCCCGCGUGCCGGCGCAACAACCGCUACUGCGCGCUGAACUCGCUGCCGAACGGGACGCACGGCCUGGGCCGGGCGUGCGCGGCCGGGCUGUCCGCGAGCGUGUUGCGGAGCGUGAGGAGUAGCCUACAGGGGGUUUCCAGUGCGGCGGGGCUGCUGGCGUACAUGCAGGCGUCACGGUAUGUGAUCUGGAACUUUGCGAAUAUAUGCCCUCGGGAAGCGGGGGGCUCGUGCUCGGGGACGCUGGAGUUUCGGGGCGGCAGCCAGUUUCUGAACAUGAAGACGACGCUGAAGUGGAUUGCCUUUGUGGUGGCGUUUAUCCAUAUGGCGCUGGACGAGAACCUCCUAGAAGGCGGUGCAUUCAACUACGUGUCUGCCUCGGACUCCGAAUUCGACGCUCAUAUGAAGACGUGGUGGAAGUCCAUCCGACGAACCGCCGCAAAGCUCAAAGUAAUGCGGCAUCUGCCGGAGAACUGGAAGCAGAUGCGGAUUGGUUAGGGAGACAAGAGAGAGCAUCUGGAGAGGACCAGAGAGUUUGUAAGAAUGCCUGUGUAGAGGAAAAUAUUCGAUAGUGUUCUGUUGGCCGCUUAGCUUUUUGCCGUGAGAGUUAGUAGCAACCUAAUUUCUGUUAGACUGGAUCAGCUUCAUUCCCGGGAGGGGCGUAUUACGUAGAACUCAC